ACGUGUAUGUCCUUUAUCAUACAUUUAGGUUGUACGACGGUACUAUAAAAGCCUACUAAAGCUAGAUAGGGCAGCAUAUCGCAACCGGAGCAAGACUAACAAACAUGUUUAAGGUACUUUUACUAGCGUGUGCAGCAGUAGCCGUCCAGGCUGGAGGUCUAAUCGCACCUGCGAGUUAUUACGGAUCAUACGGCUAUGGCGCAUGGAACCCGUACAACUCCUACAACUCCUACCCUGCGCAACCAGCUAUUGCAUCCCAACAUUCUAAUAUACUAAGAUCGCCGUUCAACUUAGGACAAGUUUCCACGUACUCAAAAGCCAUAGACACUCCAUUUUCGAGCGUGCGCAAAGCAGACAUUCGUGUAAGCAAUCCCGGGGUAGCUGUUGCGCCGGUGUACCACGGAGUAUCUGCCCCUGUAGUUUCUCACGUUGCGGCGCCGCUAGCUGCCCCCAGAGUGGCAGCUGGACUUCUUGGUGUUGCCUAUUCUGCUGCCCCUGCAGUAUCUCACAUGACCUACACUAACGGACUGGGCUUGGCCUACGCGUGGUAGAUGUUAGCAAUGAUUAUUCUAUACUAUUUCCUGUUUACCGUGUAUGAGUAAGAUUCCUCUAUUUAUUGCCCACUAGUUGUAACAUAAUUGUUUAUUUACGUAGUAAUUUAAAUUAAAAAAAUAAGUUUUUAAUAUAA